AUGGGUCACGGAAACUCGAACAAGCUCUAUGUCACUCAUGCCGAGCACUCCGGCAUGUUUGGCCAACAUACCGCUUCGUCCUCCGGCCACAGGGCAAAGCAGGAGGGAACGCAUCGCGGCGCACAGACACCAUUCGACUGUUGCUCCCUGUCUUUCCAGCCCUUCGAACAUCCCGUCGUGGCUCGCAACGCUGAUGGUACUGGAAGCGUCUUCGACCUCACAAAUAUCAUUCCUUGGCUCAAGCAGCAUGAUAAUACACAUCCGGUCACGGGAGAACCACUCACACCCGCCGACCUUAUCUCCUUGAAUUACUCCCGCAAACCGUCGGGCGAAAUUCACGACCCCAUCACCUUUAAACCCUUCAGCGAGCAUUCCCACAUUGUUGCCAUUGCAACAACGGGAAACGUAUUUCUGGCGGAGAGCGUGAAAGGUGGACGGGAUCUGAUCAACGACGUGCGUUUCAAGAAAGAGGAUGUCAUCACCCUACAGAACCCGCAUGGUCUCCCGCCAGCGUCAGUGUCAUCAAAGCAGGAUUUCGAAAAGAAGGUCGUGGCAGAGAAAGCGCCUCCCAAAGCCGGACCCGUAGUCGCAUUACAGAAGGAUACUCCGUGGAAUGUUUCGCCUUAUUCAUCCGGCAUGCCGGGGGCGUCUCUGACAUCUACCUCGGUUGAUCCUCAAACGGCCGGGACAAAGCUUGUAUGGGACGAGGAAGAGAUGAUGUUCGAAGAUAUCUCGAAGCCUCUCAAGGGCAAGGGCAAAGAGAAAGACCUUGGCAAACGCCGGGCGUAUGUGCGGGUCGUUACAAACCUCGGGGGCAGCCUCAACCUUGAACUCUACUGCGAGAAGGCUCCGAAAACGUGCUAUAACUUCCUCAUGCUUGCACGCCAGGGUUACUAUAACAAUGUCCUCUUCCAUCGCCUUGUGCGCGGCUUUAUGAUACAAACGGGCGACCCUACUGGCACGGGGUCCGGUGGGCAAUCAUACUGGGGAACACCGUUCCGCGAUGAAUACGAUCUCAAGGGCGCUGCGAAGCAUGAUAGUCGCGGCAUACUCUCCAUGGCCAAUAAGGGCGCCAGUACGAACGGGUCGCAAUGGUUCCUGACAUUUCGCGCGACGCCCAAUCUUGACCGUAAGCACACUGUUUUCGGAAAGCUGGUAGGAGGAGAGGACGUGCUGGAUGCAUUGGAGAAGCUGCCGCUCAAGAAUGGCACCGAGCGACCAGCCAAAGAGGUUAGAAUCGCUGAGAUCAAGAUAUACCAAGAUCCAUUCGAGGAUUACAAGCAACGGCUGGCGAAGAAACUCGCUAGGAAGAUCGAGUCGGAAGGCGCCACCAAAGCGGUGACCGCAACGUCCGAUAAAGAAGACGUGAACUGGUUUGGAGUUAAGGUCGGCACAGAGACGACGGGAACGACCAAUGGCGGCAGUGGGGUCGGCAAGUACCUCAAUUUGAAGCGCCCUGCAGCAAGUACACCCGUCGAAGCAACGAAGAAGAGGAAGCUUGGCUUUGGUAACUUCGACAACUUCUGA